AUGAAGAAAUUAUCACACAGGUUCUAGGGCCUGAGCGACCUGGUCGUGUUCGAACAUAUGGAUUGGGUCCUUCCCCGACAGAUGUCUUUGGAGGCGGAUAUAGGCAAUCGCAAGAACAAACUCGUAUCAUCCAAACGCAAGUCCAAGAGCAACUUAACCAAUAUAAAGCACAAAUGGAGAUGCAAAUGAAGGAGAUGAUGGAUGCUAUGCUUAAUCAACAGAAAGUACAAAUGGAGAUGCAAAGCACAAUCCAAGCUCAACAAGCCCGAAUAGAGCAAUUGGAGUCUCAACAGGCCAUGGGUGGGCCUGUUGCACCAGCUGCUACACAUGUGCAUUCACAACAACAAUCCCAUGCAUACACCUCAUCAUUUAAUUGUCAUCGUUCGUCCGAGGAAAGUGAUGCAGAUAAAUUGAAUAGGAGGCUUGUUCGCUUGAAGUCAACAAACCGUACUCGAGAAAGGUUGAGGCGUGAUGGCUUUUUGGGAUUGUUUGGACACAAGGUUGAUCUUUUAGAUUACCAUGAAAAGAAGCUACAAGACUAGGAAGUCAACAAACCGUACUAAAAUUUUUUUUGGUUGUCUUGAGUUUCUAAAACUCAAUGUGGGCAUGGAAUCCUUUGUUUGAAUUGCGUCCUA